AUGGGGACGGAAACAGGGGCACAGAUUGUUCCUGACAAUCCAGAAAUCCAGGACAAUGCAUACGAGGGUGUUAAAAUACCACACCGGGCAUUGCUAAUCCUCAAAAAGACUCUCCUCCUAAUCUUAGGUCAAUGGCUCAUCAUCGGCAUGGGCAUCGCCUGCCUACUAGCCUACCUAUUCCCCAACGUCGCCAAACACGGUGGCAUCAUCAAAUCGCAAGGUAGCAUUCUCUACGGCGCUGUCGGAUUAGUGUUUUUGAUUUCUGGGUUGAGCAUACCUCGCUCAAAGCUAUACACGCACAUGUUCAAUUGGCGGCUUCAUGCAUUGGUGCAAGUCACAUCGUUCCUGUUUGUGCCUGCUGUGGUGCUGGCGGUUGUGCAUUUGAUUAUUGCCACUGAUCCGGGGAGGCUGAUUGAUCCUGCUGUGUUGGCGGGGUUUAUUCUUACCUCUGCGAUUCCGACGACUAUUGCGUCGAAUGUGGUCAUGACGCGAUCUGCCGGGGGCGAUGAUGCCGCCGCUCUGGUCGAAGUGCUCAUCGCAAAUUUCUUAGGUCCGUUUUUAACGGCCGGCUGGACGGUGACGCUUAUGCCAAAGACAGCUGAAUUUGAGCUCUGGAGGAGCGGGAGCAGUGACAUGAGUCAGAUGUAUCGCGACGUGUUUAAGCAACUUGGUCUGAGCGCAUUGCUGCCUUUAGUUAUUGGGCAGUUGAUUCGGUGGACGUGGGAGAAGCAGACUGUUUAUAUCCUGCAGAAGUUUUAUGUCGCGAAGUUUAGUACGGGGUGUAUGAUUCUUCUCGUCUGGACGACAUUCUCAUCUGCGUUUGCAACGGAUUCGCUGGAAACGCUCACGACGCAGACCGUCAUAUUCACCGUGUUAUUCAAUGUUGCAUUAUACCUGUUUCUGACCGUGGUCUGCUUCACAUUAGCACGACCGCCUCAGGCCCUAAGAAAAACUACCUGGGGAAAACGCGUCUUUCGUCCCAUGCCCCCCGAGGAAGCGAUUGCGGUGUGUUUCUGUGGACCGGCUAAGACGACAGCACUUGGUAUCCCGCUGUUGUAUGCCAUGUACGACUCGAUGGAUCUAUAUACAAAGUCCAAGACUUCGAUACCGGUGUUGUUGUAUACGACGGAGCAGAUUUUUGUGGCGCAUUUCAUGGUGUAUGUUCUGCGGUGGUGGAAGAGGCAGUUGGAGAGGGAGGAGAAGCGUGAUUCGGAGAGCGUGGUGGAGGGUAUCGUUGAGUAA